AUGGAGCCAGAUCAAGUGGUUCCGGGAGAAAGAGAAAUCCCCCCCAUAGAGCCCGAACAGGUUGGCCCCGAAGUUGAGUCAGGUUUCUCCGAAAAGACCUCGAUGUCCGAGGAUGCUGCAUCGGCUACAGAAAUAGAAGUUGCUGAGGUGGUCGCCAGGAUGGAGUCGGCCAGACCAGGCAUUGUUCGAGCCGUCCAGGCUUGGCGUGCGCUCAGUGGCCUAGGCAAAGUCUUUCGCAGUGGCGCGCGCAGGAGCAUGGCACCUAAAAGCUUCCCCGCCCAUCGAAUUGAUGAGUUUUGGAGUCACAGCUGGCAUGGACGGAAGUGGCUCAAAGCGUGGACGGCCUUCUACAUGAAGAACACCACAGCUGCCACGAUUGCAGCCACCUUGGCCUCCACCAUCCUCUGCGUGGUUUUCGUGUGUAGAUGGGUGCCCCAAUUUCGAUUCCAGGAAUCACCGCCCUACCCAAGAAAUCCGCCCUGGUGCCUGCUCACUGGCCUUGUGUUCUACUGCCUGUUCUUUCUGUGUUGGCGGCCUGGAGGCCACAUCUUCUUAGACAUUCUGUGCAUAGAUCAAGAGGAUGACGACUUGAAGGUGGCUGCGUUGCUCAGCAUCGGGGCCUUUCUCAAGCGCUCAGAUGCACUUGUCAUCUUGUGGGACCCCUCGUGGAGUCAGCGUCUCUGGUGUGUGUUUGAGUUGGCAACAUUUCUGCACAGUCGCCCAGACAAGCAGCAUGCAAAGCUGAUCAUCAGGCCGACAGCACUGGGCCCGGUUUUCCUCUCUUUGCCGGCUGGCUUAUCUUUUGUUCUUGUGGCCUCGAGCUUCAGCCCGGGGGAUCCGCAGGUUGAUCAAGAUUUCGUAAUUCCCACUCUGGGAAUCUUGGGUUUUCUUGGCUUCUACGUGUCGGUGGGUGUCAUUCGUGGGUACUACAGAUCCGUGGAGGAGUUGCAGUCAAGCUUGUCAAAGUUCAACAUCAGCGAUACGAAGUGCUUCUGCUGCUCGGAAGAAGACCACAGCGGAUUGGUUUGUGAUCGGAAGAUUGUCUACCGCUGCAUCAUGUCAUGGUUCGGCAGCCUUGAGAACUUCGAAGCGCAGGUCCGCACAGAAGUCUUGGAACGUCUCCUUGGUCAGCUAUCCUUACAGGUCUUCACAUACAGGCAGUGCGUGGCAACUUGUCUGCCUUUGCUCUGGUCCACGUUUGAUUCAUUCGCCGAGGAAUUCAUUUAUCGAGUCUAUGUGCAAUCGCCUGGUGUUGGAGCCUACGCCUGGGUUUAUAAGGUUCUCAGGAAGUUCGUUCGAGGAGUCGCCUGGACAUUCGGAGCUUUGCCUGUGCUCUUCUGUGUGGCGACGAAGAUUUCCUUCCUGUUGCGAAGGAGGUGCUGUGGGAUGUGCGGCGAAAUCCUGGUGAACGUGUUUAUUCUCUUAGUGACGCUCUCUAUAUUUGUGGGAUUCCUGGUACUUGAACGCUGGUGCUGGGAACCGCAGUUCGAUUUCGUGCCAGAUGGGAACGCUAGGUACGACUUGUUUCCAGGAUCAUGCGUCUUCGGUUUUGGCAUGCUCUCACUCGCCACGGUGAUUUUUCUGUGCAUUGGUCCCUGCAAUUUAGCCGGCCAUACCCUGCAGCGUGCAUUCUCAGUGUUCUCAGUGAGCCCACAAGCUGAACCAGUUGCUGGCAUUUAA